AUGAUUAAUCAAUAUAAAACUCAAAUCAUAAUCUUUCUUAUUGCUUUAUCACUUGUUAUACACUCAUUACUUAUGAAAAGAUCAGAAAUUACAACAACUCAUUCAUCACAAAUAUUAAUCAUGAAUCCUUAUGUAUAUGCACACAAUCUCUCUAUUAAUGGUCAAAUUGAUCCACCCUGCUAUAGAACUCAAAAUAUCUAUGUAUGUUCUGGUUAUUGUCCUUGGAAUAAUACACAUAAUAAUGAACUGGUUUCAUGUUCGUUUCUUCCUCGUACUCCUAAUGCUGAUUUUGUAAAAUAUAAUAUUUAUUGUACUCCUGAACCUGAUCAUUGCGCAACAUAUAAUGCAUGGCUCAAAGAUAGUCUACCACCAGCAGAACAAUUUAUCCAACGUAUUCCUGAUGAACUUCUCUCUAAUUUUACACUGAACUAUUCUAUAUCUGUUCAGUAUGGUCUUGCUGUCACAAAUAAGAAAUGUGCCGUUAUUGGAAGUGAAGAUCCAUGGAUCGAAGCUGCAUCAUUGGAAUACAAUGCAUCAAAUGUAACAACUAUUGAAUAUGGAACAAUUCAUUCAGAUAUAUCUCGUCUGACAACUUGUCACAAGUUGUAA